UCUCAGCUCCGUUCUUUACGACCUCGACGCCGUCCAAAACCCAUUCUGGCGCCGCUAUUAGCUAUCCGAUUCGAUAAAUUCCCCGUAAUCAGUGAUAAAUCGAAUGUCGCGCCGCUGUUAUUUCGAGACGCACGUGGCCCUCGAGUUCGACGAGUGAGCUCUCCUCAAUUACUCACAAACGUCUUCGUCCGUAAACUAACAAUAAAAAUCUCAGAGGGAAUAAAAAAUAUAAACAAGGUUUAUAAUUAGAACGCUCGUUCACGCCGGGUCGCACGGCCGUGAUUUGUCCGAUGGCUGUGAUCUACCGAAAUACCCGCGCAUUAAACUGGCCGUCGCUUGAUGAGCAAAGGCCAGACGCGACAUCGCCACUCGUGCGGACUCUGUAAGCCCGCCACCACGACCCGGCACCAUACCGGCAGCACCGGCGUCGCGCGUUGCAGGCUCCUCACCCCUUGUCAACAACGCGUGCCCACUGUCAUCGUUAGUCUUCAAGACACCAGUCGUCGGUUGAGAUAGGGCAUGGCUACCACAUCGAGGACAAGGAGAAAGCAAGACGAUGAGAAGAAGAAUAAGAAGAAACAGUCGCCAGUCGACGACCGGCCUGUUGUCCCUGCGCCGAGCGAAGCUAUGCUCAAUAACCUCCGCACAGCGUUUGGGCUGUUGGAUCGAGACAGUGACGGGCACGUGACGCCAGCGGAACUGCAAUUCAUGCUCAGGAACCUCGGGAUCGUGGUCAGUGACGACCUCAUCGCGGAUCUCAUAAAGGACGCCAGUAAGACUGGCAAUGGAUUAAUAGAUGAGAAUGAUUUCAUGCAAUGGGUGACAAAAAUACAAGCCAUACAAGGCUUAGAUGUGAGUGCGAGCGGGGGCGACUCUGAGGAGGAAAUAACGAGAGACCUGCUCGCGGCAUUCAAAGUAUUUGAUCGCGAUGACAACGGGUACAUAACGCGGGAUGAGCUGCGUUCCGCAUUAGAGAUGAUCGGCGAACCGGUGACAGACGCACAGCUAAACCAAGUGCUUGCCCUUGGCGACAUCGAUCACGACGGACGCAUUGAUUAUGAAGAAUUCGUGAAGAUGUUGCUGUAAACAUAUUGUGUACCGUCGAGAGCAAACCUCACUAGAUGUAGGUAAUAAUAGAAUAAAGACAAGUGGUCGACGCAGAAAGGGAGCCUCGAACAAAGCUGUAGGACACAGUCUAUGUGUAAAAAUGCUGAGACACGGCUGGAGUGAAAGGAUGAAAAUCUUCUUAAAAAUAUAAGGCCGUCACUACAUGUGAGCUGAUCGUGCGAAUGAUUGUCUCGCGCUUAUGUAAGUGUUAUUAAAGUAUGCCAUUAAUUGAACCUAGACCCGAGUGCCGCAUGACGUGUGUGAGCGGGAAAUGAUAUCGCUCAGUCAUGUGAGCGGAUUACAAGUAAAUGAUUUCUAGGUAAGGCUGCACACACAUCAAAUCGAUACAGAAUACUGUUUCAACAACCAUCCAUGUUUACAUGACUCCCACUAAGUUGUAGAUUUUGUGUUGCUGUAGACGUCACUUCGCUGGUGAUGUGUCUGGACCCUAAGCCUUUUUGUAUUGAAGGUAGAGAUUAAGUAUUUGUACAUAGAAUUAAUUUUGUAUGUAUAUUACAAUAACUUUAUUACUUACGUAGUGCAACUAAUUUAGAGUUUACGAAAAUCGUAAUUUUUAUUCACCUUUUCUAUGUCGACGAUUCCGCGGUAUUUGUGUACUCGAUUGCCUCACAGUAUUUUUAUUAAAAUUGUAUUUUACUAGUCAUGAUAUCGACAUUUGUCCAUCCAGUUAAAAAUGCUUUUUUAAUACUUAACAUACGUAUUAAUUAUAUAAAAUAUUUGUUCUAAGUAGAGAUUUUAUUUAGAUAAGUAUAUGUGGAGAUUGUUGGAAAUAAGUGUACGUACUUUUAUUAUAGAUAUCUAUUUUCUAAGAUCAAGAAGAAUUGUCCUAAAAGAUAAAGUAUUAUAAUUUACGUAUCAUUUAGAAUUCUUUUUAUAAUAAUGUUGUAACUGGUGGCAGCUGAAAUAAAAGCAACGAUGUUUUCAAAUAAUUUUUAACUAGUAUUAUUUAAAAAAUCGGUAUGAUAUAAAUUGAAAUUAUUCUAUUGCUAAUUUAUGUAAUGUAUGUUACGUUAAAGUCGGCUAAAUUUGAUAACCUCGAACUCCGUUUUUGCAUGAUAUCUUUUUCUUAGUUUUCAAGCGCAAAGCUGAAAAUGUAAUUUGUAGACCCUUUUUUGAUUAAAAAAUAAGGGUAGGUAUAAUCAUAGAUUGUUAUAUAAUUAUUUCCAGUAAUUCUGUUUUUGUACCUAUUCAAAAAUGGACGUUACGAGAUUUACGGAUUUAUCCGAUUAUGAAAAUUUUGGCUAUCACCAGUUUCAAUACCGUUAAAGUACAUCAGGAAACAAUUAUAGGUAACAAGUUGAAUUGACACCGAAACUUGAGGAGUAUAAAAUUAUGGAAGUGAUACAAUACCAAAAUUACUUAUUAAUUAAAAAUAUUAAUUAAAAUGUACAAAUGAAAUGUACUAAUUCUAGGACGAAUUUUGUUGUUUUGAUGUUAGAGCGAAUGCGAUGCCCUAUACAACAACUUCACGCUCAUUGAUAUCUUUAUUAUACAUAAAUAAUUUGUAUAUAUACUUACUACAAUUCAGGUAGUGUUCUCCUAUGUUGUACUUCAAUUGAAAUGUACUUAGAUCGUUGAUUUUGUUUUCUGUUAAUUCAUACAGUUGUUUGAACGUCUCAUAAAGAGUAAUUUUAUGGUUGUGAAGUAUAAUUUAUAUAGAAAUAUUGUAUUCUAUUUUCCAAAUAUUAUUUUUAUUGAGAGUUUUUAAUAUUACAGAGUUUAUGCAAGUGUGAACUAUUAAGUAUUACCUAAAUAACUAUUAUUAAAUAACAUAACGGCCUCCGUGGUCGAGUGGCUUGCACACCAUGGUGUCACCAUCUCUGAGGUCCCGGGUUUGAUUCCC